ACUGGAACACUCAUUCUGCUUCAUGGAGUGAAGUGUUUCUCGAGUCUAGAAUCUCAAACAAAGCCAAACAAGAUUUUUAAAUUGUAAUUUUGCCCUCUGGCAGAUGGAACAAAAACAGUAUUUAAACCAGGUUUAAACUAGGAUCUUAACUAUUUCGAAGGCAGCUGAACCCCGAAGGACAGAGUAUGGGGGAGGCUAAGCAACAGUUAAAACAGUGUCUUUAACGCUCACUCCGAGGUGCUGACUUCUAAGUUACAAAGUAAGGAACCAAAAGCUGGUUUCCUCGGAUGUGAGACACAAGGAACCAUACAGUGGUCCUUUCCUCAGCAAGAGGUGAGUGCAACGGACUGUUCCCAACCUCGCCGCUGUGGCCCAGAUCUAUGGAACUGACGUGCGUCACAGCACAGCUGACUCGCCCAGCAGUUCCAAAGCGAGCCCGGCCCCACAGUCAAGCGCAACAGUUUAUGAGGCAAGAAUCUGCAGAGAGUGAAGAUCACUUCCAGUAUUGCACAAUAAUCUCGUUAUCAGGAGCUGGUCGCUGUCGUCUAAACAAGGGAGGAGCUGGCCGACGACCUCCUCCAGCUCGGGUAAGGGUGGCUGUGCGACUGCGACCAUUUUUGGAUGAAACACCUGGAGCAAGUGAACUCUCCUGUGUACGGGCUAUAGACAGCUGCUCUCUUGAGGUUGCCAACUGGAGGAACUACCAGGAGACGCUCAAAUACCAGUUUGAUGCUUUCUAUGGGGAGAGGAGCUCUCAGCAGGACAUCUAUGUAGGUUCAGUGCAGCCCAUCCUGAGGCACCUCCUGGAAGGGCAGAAUUCCAGUGUACUUGCCUACGGGCCUACAGGAGCAGGGAAGACACAUACAAUGCUGGGCAGCCCAGAGCAACCUGGAGUGAUUCCCCGGGCACUUGUGGACCUCCUGCAGCUCACAAGAGAGGAGGGUGCUGAGGGCCGGCCAUGGGCCCUUUCUGUCACUAUGUCCUACUUAGAGAUUUACCAGGAAAAGGUAUUAGACCUCUUGGACCCUGCAUCAGGAGACCUGGUGAUUCGAGAAGACUGUCGGGGAAAUAUCCUGAUUCCAGGCCUCACGCAAAAGCCCAUCAGUAGCUUCACUGAUUUUGAGCGCUACUUCCUGCCAGCCAGUGGAAAUCGGACUGUAGGAGCCACUCGGCUCAACCAGCGCUCCUCUCGCAGUCAUGCAGUGCUCCUGGUCAAGGUGGAUCAGCGGGAACGUGUGGCCCCAUUUCGGCAGCGGGAGGGAAAACUCUACCUGAUUGACUUGGCUGGAUCAGAGGACAACCGGCGUACAGGCAACCAGGGCCUCCGGCUCAAAGAGAGUGGAGCCAUCAACACCUCCCUCUUUGUCUUGGGCAAGGUGGUGGAUGCACUGAACCAGGGCCUCCCUCGUGUGCCGUAUCGGGAUAGCAAGCUCACCCGCCUACUACAGGACUCUCUGGGUGGCUCAGCCCAUAGCAUCCUCAUCGCCAACAUUGCUCCUGAGAGACGUUUUUAUCUAGAUACGGUCUCUGCACUUAACUUUGCUGCUAGGUCAAAGGAGAUCAUCAACCGGCCUUUCACCAAUGAGCGCCUGCAGCUUCACGUCUUGCCACCUGUUAAGCUGUCUCAGAAAGAACUGCUAGGUCCAUCUGAGGCAAAGAGAGCCCGAGGCUCUGAGGAAGAGGAAACUAGGAGCCCUGAGCCUGUAGCAGCUCCAGCCCCUGCCUCCCAGGGAUUCAGUCCCUUGCAGAAGCUAAGCAACAUGGACCCAGCCAUGCUGGACCGCCUCUUGAGCUUGGACCGCAUGCUGGGCUCCCAGGGGAGCCAAGGGAUCCCUCUGCUGAAUACCCCCAAACGAGAGCGAAUGGUGCUCCUGAAGACUGUAGAAGAGAAGGACAUGGAGAUUCAAAGACUUAAAAUGAAGCAGAAAGAGCUGGAGGCCAAGGUACUGGCCCAAGAGACAACAGAGGAAGAGGAGAAAGAGAACUCUCUCUCAUUGCUUCGCCCUCUUUCCCGCCGCACAGUCAUAGAAGCAAAACCCCUGAAAAAGGCUGUGGUGAUGCCCUUACAACUGAUUCAGGAGCAGACAGCAUCUCCACAUGCUAAGAUCCAUAUCCUGAAGAAGAAAGGGCGGAAGAGAAAGCUGAAGUCCUUGGACACCUCAGAGUCUCAGAAACCGCCUCAGGACUGCUGGGAGCUGGAGAUCAGCCCUGAGCUACUGGCCCACGGGCGCCAAAAAAUACUGGAUCUUCUUAAUGAAGGUUCCGCCCGGGAUCUACGCAGCCUGCAGCGCAUUGGCCAGAAGAAGGCCCAGCUCAUCGUGGGCUGGAGGGAGCUCCAUGGCCCCUUCAGCCAGGUGGAGGAUCUGGAGCGCGUCGAUGGCAUCUCCGCCAAGCAGAUGGCUUCGUUCCUGAAGGCGAACAUCCUGGGCCUGGCUGCCGGCCAAUGCUCUGGCCCCUCCUGAAUGCUGUCUCCUCACGUCUAUUUUUUUAACCCUUGUAUAACCUGCUGUGUAAUACAGUUAUUACUCCCGU